CUUUACUGUAGGAGUAUAGGUCCAACCUAAACUCGAGUUGGGUGUUACAAACACUUCCGAUUCUUUCUCGAAACAUUCUAAACCAGGAAAUCGCCAUCCUACUCCGUUCUCUAUCUCAAGUCUCAACCCCUCCCCAAAAAUUUCCUCAAAUGUUCCUCAGCCCACUCCCCCAAUCUAAUCGCUUCCUUGUUGUGAAACCAUAACAUGCAUUCAUCCGCCGUAUCCCCAACUCCGUCGUCGCUGUUCCUGCAGAAAUCUCACCCUUUCCCGCCUAAAUUCAACUUCCUCCUCCGCCGGAACCCACUUCUUUGCCGGCGUAGCCGUCGGAAAAUGGCUUCCUCUGCUUCUGGGUUUAGUAUAAAGUCGCAACUUAGUGCAGCUUCGGAGAGUGUCGAUGGAGCUUACACUUUGAUGGAAUACAUGGGAAAGGGAGGAAUCGGUUUGGGAGAUGAUUUAGUUGUUCUGUUUGAUCAUUUACAGUACGCUUGCAAGAAAAUUAGUGCGGUCGUAGCUUCCCCUUUCAACUCCAACCUCGGAAAGCAUAACAAGGCAGCUGGCAGCGUUGGUUCGGAGAGGGAUGCACCGAAACCGCUCGACACAGUGUCCAACGAGAUCAUAUUGUCAUGCCUUCGAAAUUCGGGAAAGGUCGCCGUCAUGGCCUCUGAAGAAGAUGACAAGCCGGUUUGGAUACAGGAUGAUGGAGCAUUUGUGGUGGUAACAGAUCCCCUUGAUGGUUCCAGGAACAUAGACGCCUCCAUUCCAACAGGAACUAUAUACGGGGUAUACAAGCGCCUGGUGGAACUUGAUCAUCUACCUCAAGAGGAGAAGGCUAUGCUCAAUUCUUUACAGAGUGGAACUAGACUUGUAGCUGCUGCUUACAUCCUCUAUUCAUCUGCUACCAUACUUUGCACCAGCUUUGGUUCUGGAACGCAUGCAUUUACCUUGGAUCGCUCUACAGGGGAUUUUGUUCUCACGCAUCCGGGGAUUCAAAUUCCUCCUCGAGGCCAAAUUUACUCUGUGAACGAUGCACGGUAUUUUGACUGGCCUGAAGGAUUAAGGCAUUAUAUCGAUACUGUGAGGCAAGGGAAAGGAAGACAUCCUAAGAAAUAUUCGGCUCGUUACAUAUGCUCCCUUGUUGCUGAUUUGCAUCGCACAUUGCUGUAUGGUGGUAUUGCAAUGAACCCAAGGGAUCAUCUUCGGCUUGUUUACGAGGCUAAUCCACUGAGUUUUCUGGUGGAGCAAGCCGGUGGGAAAGGUUCCGAUGGUAAGGGUAGGAUUCUUUCCCUCCAACCGGUGAAGCUGCAUCAAAGACUUCCUCUGUUUCUUGGAAGUCCAGAGGACAUAGACGAGCUGGAGAGUUAUGGAGAUGUUCAGCAGAGAGUAAAUCCUGGUUAUGAAGUUUGAAUGUCAUUCUUAUCCCAAACUCGUAUGGACUUUAAAAUCUUAAUGGACUCCCGAGAUCUUAGUCUUUGGCCUUUUCCGUCUUUGAUAAUGUGAAGGGGGUUUGCUUGCUCUUGCCUGCUAAUCUGAAAUCUCCAUGGCUGUCGACGAUCAGCGGCAAGCUGACGUGAGUUGUGUUUAUGGCUGUUUAGUGUCGCAACUCGUAACAUGCUAUGCUGGAUGCGCUAGUGCCUAGUGCCCUUUGUACAUAAUUCUGUUUACGUUGGUUGAGCUCAACGAGGAGCCAAGAACAGCAGGCAAGUUUAAGCCAAAACAAAAGCGGCUAGUACUAAAGAUCACCUCACAUGACAUCCCUCGAGUUCGAAGAAUAUAUAAUGAUCGAGGUUCAAAGAUGAAGGCUUUAGAGGAUCGAAAAGGUAAAGUGAAAGGCCUAUUUGGCCGAGAGAUUACCAACGAUGGAAUUGGAGCUGUUCGAGGGUCGAGGCAGGGUCGUAGGCCAAGUUGGAUGAAGACGCCAAUUCCCCGGCCAACAAUCCCUAAUCGGGGAUUGAGGAAACUUAUCAGGGAUCACGUCCAGAAGGACCCCCGGAUAUGAACACUCAAAUCCCCAAUCGGGGAAUAGCAUGGUCUUGAGCGGGGAUCAGGCACCGAGUUGUUGUUGCUGUGUUUUUCUAUUUCGUUUUGGACUUGUUAAGUGUCGCUUUUGCACUCGUUUUUAGGGUUAUUUUGCUACUCCAAUAUAAGAAGAUGAGGUCUAUUGUAGGAAACAUUCAACCAAGUUUUAUUCAUCAAAUAAAUCAAAAGC